UACGUUACUCCCAAAUCGCAAUUGGCCAAUUCCACCAAAGCUCCUCACGCUCACACUCACUCAUUUGCAAAGAAAGAGAGAGAAAUGGCACUGAGGGCAGCCGUGCUCCGCCACGUUCGUGUGCCACUCCAAGCCGCUCCAAAACUGCAGCCAUGGCGUGCCAUGUCAUCACACGGCGACGAUCAUCUCUCCAAAGAGGAGGUCGUCGAAAGAGUCCUCGCCGUCGUCAAAGAUUUCCCCAAAGUCGAUCCUUCCAGGGUGAGUCCAGAUGUACAUUUCCAGAAGGAUUUGGGUUUGGAUAGCUUGGACAAUGUGGAAAUUGUAAUGGCACUAGAAGAGGAGUUCAAGCUAGAGAUCCCAGACAAGGAAGCUGAUAAAAUUGACUCUUGUCAUCUUGCUAUUGAGUACAUUUCUAACCAUCCCAUGGCUGGUUAACUAAUGUGUCCUUUUUCCUAUUUGGCUUCAUGUUGAACUUAAACACAGUGCAACCUUGAACCUUCCCCUUACUUUCACUGGAUGUUUCUGGAAUCUGGUGUUGUUGGUAUGUUUUCCUUUUUCCAUUUAAAUUGGAGUAAAGGGGCUGGUUGUUUAGAAUAAUGUGAAUUGUUCAGAGAAGAGUUUGUCAAUGAAAAACUGGGUUUCUAGAA